CUGUCCCGGCGCACGCUGGCUAGUGCAGGAACGACAACUGGACGAGCGCUGCAAGUGAUCGCAUUUGCCCUUUCUCCUGAAGUGCAAUGUCAGCCAGGUAUAAGAGCCCAUGAGCCGCCCUUUUUGUCUUUCUCUCCUCAAGCCAACCACUUCAUCACACUCGUUUUUGACUCUUCGGAUCAUUUUCACUCUUUAGUAUACUAUACUUAAUUGUUCUUCAUACUCAAUCCAUCUUUCCCAAGAUCAAAUAAUUCCCCCCCAACCGUCAAAAUGAAGGCCUCUAUGAUCUCCGUCCUCGCCGUUGUGGCUGCCGCUCAGGCUGGAUACGUUGCCUACCCAGAGGGCUACCCAGUCGAGUCCACCUCUACCUACGAGGCACCAAAGCCAACCUACCCAGCUUCCACCUCCACCUACGAGGCACCAAAGCCAACUUACCCAGCCUCCUCCGAGAAGGUCUACGAGACCGCCUCCACUGAGGCCCCAAAGCCAACCUACCCAGCCUCUUCCUCCACCGCCGUCCCAUACACCACCUCCACCGUGUAUGAGACCAAGGAGUACACCAUCACCUCUUGCGCCCCAACUGUGACCGACUGCCCAGUUGGCCACAAGACCUCCACCAUCAUCACCAAGACCACCGUCUGCCCGGUCGAGGCCACCAAGACCCCCGAGGCACCAGAGUACCCAACCAAGACUCCUGAGGCUCCUGAGUACCCCACCAAGACCCCAGAGGCACCAGAGCACCCAACCUACACCCCAGAGGGCCCAGUCAAGCCAACUUACACCCCAGAGGUCCCAGUCUACUCCACCAAGACCAACGAGGGCCCAGUCGAGUACCCAACUGGCAAGCCUUCCGUGUCUGUCCCAGUUGCUCCUUACCCAACUUACCCUGCUUCCACUGUUGUCACCAAGCCAUACAGCACUGGAUACCCAACUGGCUCUUACCCAGCCAAGAACACCACCGUCCCAUACGUCACCAACGGCGCUGCCUCCAUGAAGGCCGGUGGUCUCUUGAUGGCCGUCGGACUCGUCGCCGCCCUCUUGUAAAUUCUCCCAUUCUCUCAUUCUUGAAAAAACAUGCAGCGCAUUCGCAUUCGAGGCGUUCAUAAGGAAUUGAUUGGACUUUGUGGGAAGGGGUUGGGGUUUGGAAAAUGGUGUGUGUGUGUGAAAGGACAUAGCCGAGGAAGAGGAGAAGGAGUGAGCACAUAAUGGGGUUAUUCUUUGUGAUUUAAUUUUUUUGAGGUGGUGUGUUGUAGGUAUGUUUGGAAAUAUGAGAACGGUUGAAAGAAAGAAGAAGUAAGAAGAAAGAGAAGAAGAACAGUUGUGUGUGCGUGUGUUUUCAUGUAUACAAAUCUUAGACCGUGACCGAUUGUGGUUCGUUUGUUUUGGAUACUUAUACCACUACUGAGCACUGAAUUUUCUUUUUAUUUUUCUCUCCAUGAAAUGAAACUUUUGUAAUGAGACGAUUAAGAGUAUGAAUGAGCUAUUGGGAUGAUGGAGCGAGAUAAUCUCGGGUUACUUUCGAUAUCUCGUGAAGUUUCUACAGUACGUUCGAAUCUACCUAAUAGAUAGAUAUCUUCACUUCUCCCUCCAUUCAAUUCCUCUUGUUGAUGUCUUGAAUUGAAAAAAGUGACACGAUGGAUGCACCAUCCUAACAACAAACAGCACAGACUCGACAGAGUCAUAUGGGAAAGCCCGAGCUCAAUCAAUAAUCGCAGUGUUGCACUGCCCGCGGAUCCCCCAAAGGCGA